GUAGGCUUCUUAAAUGUCCCUUUUGUCAUCCGCAUAGCUUGGUUGAUGACGCAGUACUGCCUUUCCGUAGGCUGAGAACCGCACUCUUUUGUUCAAGCUUCGUUCGGAAUGGCCGCUGUUUUGAGAAUGUUUUAUUUUUUCCUCAUUUCACUACGAGAGCGAGAAAAGGGCGCUGCGAAAAUGCUUGACGAGAAAACGGCCUUGAAUGACCAAGUGUCAAUCUGUAAACUAACGAGUUUAACAUAAUAGUAGUUAUUAUUUGGGUGUCACUACAGUUGAAGAAGGUAGCUACAGGGUUGAGCAGCGCGAUAGUGAGGUUGCGUGCUUGCUUAUUUCCCCGUGAUAGGCUCACGAUUUUCGGGAUGGUGUUCCAAGUCUGACAGCUGCUUUGGUGGGGCCUACGGGAACCGCACAUUCAGAACGCUCGGCAUUCAAAAAGCCCAAAGGAUGAGAACCUCUGACCUUUCUAGUCUGAACUGGCUUCAAACCGACCUGAGGGGAAUCGUCUACAGUUCAAACAACUAGGUGGCCCAUGGCUGCCACCACCACUCCUGUCAAGUCACAGCUUCAAAGGAUUUACUCCCCUAUGGCGUUCUGAGAAACGAAAAAGAGAAAAGGAACCGCUUGGAUCACAGGGAUUUAUUUGUGAAGUAAAUGUAUAGGCCUACACAGGUAUGUAUCAGCUGGUGUGUUUAUAAAGGUCGUCUCCUAAUCUUAUCCCUCUCCACGCCUACUUGUCGGUUGACUGCUUUUUUGAGGGAAAACUCCAAACGAACCAAGGAGAGUGAUAGUUGGGGUGUUGCGGUCCCAUGAGAGACUCCGCAGGGGGACCGACAAUCACGCCAUGAGUAGUACUUUAGGUAACAAAGACAAAGACUGGAAAGAGAAGGACCUGAAAGGAGGUCCGACAGGAGGGAAAGAAAGGGAAAAAGAGGCCAAGGCGGCCCUGGCUGGCUUAGGCGGCAAAGACUGCGGCAAGGAUCCCAAGGCCAAAGGGAAAGAUGCCAAAGAAGGAAAGAAGGAUGCAGGUUCCGCGUCGCCCGCCGUCGCCUUCUCCGUGGACAACACGAUAAAGAGGCCCAACCCGGCUCCGGGGACGCGCAAGAAGUCCAGCAACGCCGAGGUAUGAUGAGAUGAAGAUACUUUAUUAUAAAACACACAGCCUAACGUAUCAUAACGUACACAUUAUUUGUGGUUGAAAAUAUAUUUUUUAUCGAAACGCAUAUUAAUAAGACACAUUUUGUGUUCCUAUGUGGUA